AAAUAGACGUAAAAGAAUUUGCAUUUAAUUCCUUUCCCCUUUGAUCCUGUGAACUCAAGGCUGUUGGAUUAAUACUUCACGGUAUUUGAGGUCCGUUGAAACCGAACAGCGAUUGCAAUGGCCACUUUACAGCGCCCAAAAAUUGUCAAGAGGUUAAGUUGGCAAGAUAUGUCAGGUCCAAGAAUUCACUUAACAAGACGAAUCGUCCAAUUACAAGGAAACAAAGUCUGCGCAGAUAUUCUUGAACAAGCUAGGCAAAUGUGUAACGAUUACAUCGAAGCUAAGCUUGAGCGAGAUGGCAUCAAGAACCGGGGUUUAUCUUUCGCGUUCGUUAAUUCUACAGAGAAACCCAGUGAGACCACCAGCCUCGUCUCGAAGCGCAUUCAAGAAGUCGGAGAGCUACUUGAAUUAAGUUACCCUCGGCUUUACAAAGACAUUUCUAGUCAUGUAAACGUGCGUUUCACAAGCGAGAACGCCGUCCAUGAAGUCUUCAAUGACGUUUCAUCGGAAAUAUUGAGCGAUGGGUUAAACUGGGCAAGAAUUAUUGCCCUGUACACGUUUGCCGGGGCUCUCGUCUCCGAAUGUUGCAGAGACGGACGCAAUCGAUAUGUGCUUGACAUUGGAAGUUGGAUGUAUGAAUUUGCUGCCUUAUAUUUGGUAGAUUGGAUCAAAGGCAAAGGCGGAUGGGUGAGAUGAAUAAUAUAUUUUGGCAAUUCAAUUUUGUGUUAAUUAUGAAAUCAUAAUCCUUUAAUAACCGGGAUAUUUACGUCUAGUACAGCUUUCGCACCGUCAUUAUAGCUGCUUUUGAAUGCCGGAAAUUCGCGGUAGAUUUGCUAAAUCCUGGUGGCAGACAACAAUUGAAGUUCAGUGAUGUAUCAAGGAAAACUCUUUUCUUGAUAUGAGAGGGGUUAGCAUAGUCAUGUUGUUACUCAUUGAACUUCUUGCAUCAAUAGUACGGUAAAUACGUAUCUCAUUUGUUGAGUUGCGUUAGCGAUGAGGGCCUGCAGUGCAUUGUUACUCAUAAAAUCCGUCGACUGGAGUUUCUUAGCAUCCAAAGUUUAUAAAACAAGGUGGUUAAACAAUGAAAGAAGUUUUUAAACUUUCGUUGAGUAAAGAAGAUGAUUUCGAGGAAGCCGAGAACCGACUGUACAAAGCGGUCCGAAAUAAACUUCCUUAGCAUUUCUCUGUACGGAAAGAAACGCGCAUAUUGUGCAUAAAGCUAACAAAACCGCAGAAUGCCAUUCUAAAGGAUCCUCUUGGACAAAAUUAGAGGUUCUUGUUUGCUAAAAAAAAAUUGUGUUCUUUAACGCUCCUGUACUUGUAACAAGAUAAGCAUUUCACUUUCCUCGUUUAUGAAUAGUGACUGAAUUUCUGGAACAAAAGCAGUUACAGAUAUUUUAUCCCUAAGUGUAAAAGAAAAGUCCGAUACGGGAUUAAGCGUUAUUAUUAUUUGGCUGUUGAAUUGAAAAAGUGUUAAAAUAAUGAUCAGAUACUUGAAUUUUGAUGCGUAUGUGUAAAAUAGCAAUUUAGGGUCACCAGUUUCCAAAAUUUUACUUUCUUGACGUCAUGGUUUCGAUCCCGGUCAUUUUGUUUUGCGAAAAAACAGCAUUUUUUUAUAACAUAUCACAAUACUGAUAAACAUAUAUAUAAUCAACAAAAUUAUCCAUCCGUAUAAAAACACUGUCGCGAACAUUAAUUUCGAUACCGAAUCUAUAACGCAAAAAUUGAUAAUAGAGAGAUUAUAUUUAGAGUCAUAAAGUUAAAGGUUAAAAAUGGCUCUUGACUACAGCUGACAAGGAAAUUAAAGAAAUAAACCCUUUUCUUAGAAAGACAGGGGGCACGAAUAAAACACAGAUUCAAGCGUUUCUGUGCUCCGUUCGUAACUUAGUGAACCCGGCGUUUGCUAAAUGCUAGAUCGACCAGGACACUCCAAAAAACAAGGAAGCAUACUACGAACUCCUUAGUUUAAUAAUUAUAGCUUGUACGUUACGCAUGCGCACAGCCAUGUCACCUGGGGCAGACAUGGACAACUGUUUCGCCCUCAACAAGCUGACAGAAAAUUCUUUGUUUUACCGUCAUAAUUACGGACAACAAAUUUUUAAAAACUGUGCAACUUGUUUUCCAACAGUAGCUGCAAAAUGAGUUAAAGAGCGAUGUUACGCGUUUUACCACCCACUUUCAAACCUAUCCUGCAAAAAAUAGAGCAGUUUUACUUUUUGCAACAAAAUCUGUACAUGUUGCGCGUUUUACCGGCCCAAGGGAAAUUUGUUGAAACUCUCAUGUAUGGCAUGACUCCCGCAUAAUUUUAUCAUUCACGCAAAUCGCUUCAACCUUUAUCUGUUGCAAGACAGGUUUGAACGCGGGCGGUAAAACGCAUAACAUCGCUUUUCAACACAUUCUGCAGUUGCACGGCGUUUUUUGUUAAAGAAAUUAACUGUACUUAAUUAAAGUUUAUUGUUGCCCGUUUUGCAGUAACCUAACUAACACUGGACUGUUGAAUCUUAUAGGAUGAUUUAUUGCGGGCUUUUCCGUAUGGGAUCAGGAAGACCAGCAGGUAUCCACUUAUCUUGGAAGUUAGCCGGCAAUGGUCCAGUUAUCUAUGUGCGAUUGUGAAGACUUGGUUUGGGACAGCUUUCGAUUUUCUAAGUUUUUCUUACAAGGCUUAUUUACGGGGAAUGCGAAAUGUUUCACGAAAAAUUAGUACAUAAGGUCUGGGAAAUUCAAUCGGGCCAAGAAAUAACUGAAGGCAUAUCAAUGGAGGCUUGCGUCGAGGAGGCUUGGAAAGUGUUCUGAAACUCGCAAAUACCGUACACUGUCGCUUGUAAGAUCCCGUCCCACUCAUAUGCCCCCUCGGCCAGUAUAAGCUCAACAACCGGUAAACAAAAGAUCCAUCCGAUUACAAGCCCCCCGGAUAUAAGCCCCCCUCCAAUAGGAAUUGAGCCCCUCAGAUAUAAGCCCCUCCCGUAUAAGCCCUCCUCUUAAAUAACUAAGCGGCUGUGAACGGUAUAGCUUAGGUUUCUGUGAAACUGCCCACCUACCCCUCCCCUAAGCUAGCAUUAACACUUAGUUCUCGCUUAGGGCAAAAUGAUGGCUUAGGGGAGGGAUAGGUUGGCAGCUUCCCGGAAACCUAAAUUGAUCCGCUUCAGUGAUGGAUAGAGUGAAAAGGCAAGAAAGCUCCCGGAUAAAAGUGGGAAAAAGAAUUGAAUUGAGGUAGUAAUUAUUUUCCCCGUUAUUCUCACGCCUUGCCGAGCCCACAAGGUGGCCUUUUCUCUCAGGAGUCAGUGUAGUCAUUACCCGCUUCGAUUGGAAUUAGGCGGGUCUCGUGAAAGGGCUAACGCCAAAAGAGAAUUUGUUAGCGUUUGAGUAAAAACACGUUUUGGAUAAUUACAAAAUGAGAAUGUCUACAACAGUUUUUUUACUGCCUAAGUUCUAAUCCGAAUAUGCAGAUACUAAAAGUUGAUAUCACUACCGAGUUAGAAGAGAAUUACGCAUACACCCCAUCCUCUUCGUUACUUUUUGUGAAGCGCGAGAAAUUACCAUAGUAACAUUCUCCCUGAGCUUGACAGGAUAUGGGUUUUGGGUCCCUUUGUUCUGAACAGGGUAUUUGAUCACGCGAGGGUGACAGCGUAAGAGUUAUCCGUUAUGGCGUGGACAUCGCCUAAAGACUACGAGUCGCCUCUUAGUUUUCUUCCAAAUAAGGAUUUAGGCAGCGUACCCGCGCGAGGGGCCAACGGUGAGGCCGGGAGGCGGAAGCUAGUCUGCGUAGCAAGACUUUCCGAUCAAGUUAAUGCGCGAACGUUCCCUCAAUUCCUUUUUUUUUUCUCUCGUGAAGUGUGAAGUGAAGUGAAGACUCUUUAUUUAAAGUUAACACGUGACAGUUAUAACGGGGACUGAUAAACUUGUGUCCCGACCUUCUUGAGGAACUCGCGCAAAAAAGCUUGUUUCGCAGGCUAGGCGGAAGCCGGAAAAGCCAGAUAACUAGGUGAUUUCCAGCCCUAACAACAUAUAUACUCAAACAAAGGCAAACUAUCGUUAUUUUCUACUACCUUUUAAUACCAGUUACGCUGGGUUUUCUAGUACAAUUAAAGCCAUGUUUGCUUCUAA